AUGCCGCCAACACUUGACCUCAGUAGAACGGCGCAUGCCAAAGCCAUCUUGCCGCCCCGUAUCAACCUUCGACGAGCAGCCUCGUACAAUGUCGCCGAAAAGGGCCCUCUAUCAUCCACAUCCUCUCGCUUCAGCUUCAACCACUUGGUAUUCUCACCACCACCAUCUCCAGGCCUUCCGUCACUCUCCCCACCGAAAAAGCCCCCCCAGAGGAAACUGAUCCUAGGCGUACGCCCAAUACGACUCAUACGAUAUACGAUCCGGAUUUUGAGCAUUCUUGCUGUCUUUUGGAUCUCGCUCGAGGUUCUUACCUACCUCUUUGGACCGGAAAUACCGAUACCGGCUGAUAACACACGACUGUCAGUCCCCGAGAAGCCGAUAGUAACACCGCCAAAACGAAGCGAUGGAGUUGAGAUGGUAUCGCAGAAGGGGGCGCCAGAUUUCGCUACGCCUAUCGUCAUCACCGACCAUCGAGGUAAGGCGAAAUGGACAGUAUCGAUACCGCCAGGGACACCGUUUCCACUGUCCCAGAAGGGUUACGCAGACAUGUGUGGGAGGUGUGAGCAGGUAGCGGCCAGGGCGGUGGAAUUGCGAUCUCAGGGGUCCGGGUUGCCGCAGGUCUCACUCAGCUUCGGGCCGGAGGCACCCGAUCACGACUUCAUUGAUGUUCAAGAAGCUGAGAAAGCUGGUUAUUUGCCAAAGAGGGGAGCGGGAGGAACAAACACGGGGAAGCCUGUCUGCAAGAAGAGCCUCACUUUUGUUCUCGAGUCCGGCGAGGCUGGCCUGGGAAAAACGCUCAUGAUGCUCUGGAUCGCAUAUGGUCUCGCCGAAAAAGAAGGCCGUGGUUUCUUCAUCGACGACACGAGAUGGGCAUACGGAGAGUACUCCGACAUCUUUGAAGCGCCGCCCGCGCAAGACUGCUCCCCACCUCCUGACCAUGAACGACUCCCCUGCCCACCUCAGGCACGUCACCUGGUCGUCUCAGCUGCCAACGCCCACAAAGUCUUUGCCAACCUCCUCCCUCCUUCAGCAGAGGGAAUCUUCUCCAGUUCUUCCCCACCCCUCGAACCACUCGAUUCCUCCCUCCUCAAGAAGCAAUUCGCGCUCGCUCGCUCCGGGUUCAGAGCCCUCUUUCACCUCAACGCCGGAGACGCCCGCCACGUCGAUACUCGCACUCGCAAGCUCCUCGCCAAGCGUCUCGUGCCCAAAACCAAGGGCACACAAUCUGGUCUUUCCAUCGGCCUUCACAUCCGCCGCGGCGACCGCCACCCGUUUGAACCCCAAUACAGGCGCUCGUACCUUCCUGUGAACGUCUACACCGACUUUGCGCAGGAGAUCAUCGCCUCCAAGUUCAACUCGUCCGGCAGCAUCUUCCACGACACGGCAGAAGAAAACCGGCUUGCGCGUGAACACUCGUUCAUGAUCCUCGCGUCUGACGACCCGCUUGUGUAUGACUCUGAGGAAGUGAAGGACAACCUCAACGGGAAGAGGGUGGUGAGAGCGCAGGAUAGGAUCAAGCUCGCUUCCAAGCAUGAGCUGCUUCCCAAGGGGGGGAAGGAAGAGGAGCUGGAUCGGAACGUGAUGCACAAGUUUGUAGAUGAGGCUUUUGGGUGGGAGGGUGGGUUUUAUGCCGGCAUGUUUUGGAAUUUGGGGGUGCCGACGGCGAAUAAUGACAAGAAGGAGGAAAAGGGGGUGGGGGCUGAGUCGCUCCGGCUUAGGAGCUUGGUUGGGAGGGCUUACAUGAUGGAUUUGGCGGUGCUGGCCGAGGCGAGCGAUGUGGUGGUUUGCACGGUUAGUAGUUUGGGGUGUAGGUUGUUGGGGGUGAUGAUGGGGGAGGGGAGUGUCAAGCGGGGGAGAUGGGUGAAUGUGGAUGGGGGCUUGGGUUGGUUGGGUCUUGAUUGA